AUGGACGAGUCCUACGCUGGCCUCCCUACCAGCCAUUUACUCGGCUCAGUCCCUGCUGUCGUAAGUGAAGAUAAAGAUAAGAAUACCACAAGCUAUGAAGCACCUGAAGCUAACUUGCAAAUCUUCCCCCCAAAUAAUGGAGGAGAGAAAGGGCGUGGUUAUCAAACUGUUGGAAGUACAAGUGAAACAUUUGAACAGCAACCGGCGAACAACUGGAGAGGAGUAUUUAAUAUCUCAUCAUACACACAAUACUUCAAUGUGGAUACGGACGUUGUCUUAAACAGAUUGCUUAGUUCUUUAUAUCCCCAUGGUGGAGAUUUUUUCAGCAAAAUUGAUGCCAACCCUGAUUUAUAUGGGCUAAUCUGGAUCUCCACUACGUUAGUGUUUGUGCUUGCUGCACUUGGAAACUGUGCCACCUACCUCAUGGAAAAGCACAGUGAUAGCAGUACUUCUUGGGCCUUUAAUGUCAGUUAUAUGAAUUUGGCAGCUUUUUCAGUCUACGGUUAUGCAAUUUUGGUGCCAUUGGCAUUUUAUUUCUUGCUCCACUAUCUGGGCUCAAAUGCCAGCCUUGUUCGAUUUUGGUGUAUGUGGGGAUACUCUCUCUUCAUAUUUGUUUUAGCCUCUUUUUUGUUGCUUAUCCCGGUUGAGGCUUUCCGGUGGAUCAUUAUAAUUCUUGUUGGUGCUGCCUCCUCAUGCUUUGUUGCCUUCAAUCUCAAGACUUAUAUCGAAGGGAAUGAUAUUGUGGUGAUUGCCGCAUUUCUCUUGCAACUGGCUCUGGCAAUCUUCUUUAAGGUCUACUUCUUUCCGUGA